GGAGAUGAAGCAGGCAGAGUCGGCGGUGGUGAUGGAGACGACAACGACGACCACGUCGGAGAUGACAGAGUUACGGAACCGCUACCAGACCCUACAGAUGGAAUACCAGGGACUACGUAUGGGGAUGGCGAACCUAGAGGCCAGGCUGUUGGAGGUUCAGUCCCAGUUCCAGCAACGUCUGUCUGGGUAUAGUGGCAAGGUGAUGGGCCUGGAGGGAGAACUGACCUCCAUAAGGGCCAGCACCACUGAGCAGAGCCAGGACUACCAGAUCCUUCUGAACAUCAAGAGUCGUCUAGAGAUGGAGAUCCAGCAGUAUAAGCAUCUGCUGGAGGGAGCCGGCCUGGGAGGGGGCAUGGUCUCUGGAGGGGCUGACCUGGGAGGGGGCAUGUUGGUCUCUGGAGGGGCCGGGAGGUCGGCAGGUAAAACUUGUUAGUUAGGAUCUCUCUCA